GGCGCGGGCGGGCGGGCGGGCGGGCGGCUGUAGUUCCGCUUCCCCCGGAGCGAGGCGGUCAUGGCCGGGCCGCGGGGCCGAGAGGAGAGCCGAGAGGGGCCGGCCGCCCUGGCGCUGGCCCAGGCUCGCUUCGCCAGGGGCGACUUUGCCGAGGCGCAGGCGCUCUACUCCGCCUUCAUCGGGCAGUGCGGGAGUCGCGGGGGCAAAUGCAGCCCCGAGGAUUUGGCGACCGCAUAUAACAACAGGGGGCAAACCAAGUACUUCAGCGUUGAGUUUUAUGAAGCCAUGGACGACUACACGUCUGCUAUAGAAAUCCUGCCCAACUUUGAAGUUCCGUAUUACAACAGAGGCUUGAUCCGCUACAGGCUGGGGUAUUUUGAUGAAGCUUUGGAAGACUUCAAGAAGGCAUUAGACCUAAAUCCUGCAUUUCAAGAUGCUGUUUUGAGCUUAAAACAGACCAUUUUAGACAAAGAAGAAAAACAAAGAAGAAAUGCUGAGAAAAGUUACUGAAACUUAAGUUCUUGAAAUUUUAACUCAGGGUCCUUAAACCUAUGUCUGAUUAGCUCUAAGAUACACACGGAAUUAUUUUGAUUAUGUGAGAGACUGCAUUUUAGAAGUGAAAGUAAAAUAGUAUGUUGAAUCAAAGUUACUCAUUUCAAGAGAGACCAUGUUGGAUGGAUCUUUUAAUAGAAUAAAUAGAUAAUAUCAAUGUACAUUAUUAUAACAAAAUAUUUAAAUUGGUAUGUAUGAUUUUUAGUAAAGGUUUUAUUUUUACUACAUAUUUUUAUUUCUGAAUUUUAAUUUCCCCCCCACCCAUAGAAAGGUUGCUGGUAAAAUACAAUCCAGACAUAAACUCCCUCACAUAUGUUCACCAGUGAACAUAUCACAUUUGCUUUUUCUGUAUUCUUAAAACCAAAACCGUCCACUUCAAAGUCUGAGGCAGGAGGAUUGCUGUGAGUUCGAUGCCAGCCUAGGCUAUAGAGACCCUCAAACAAAACCCAACAAAAUAAGACAAAACCCAGACGGAUUUUUUUGCUGACCCACUUGAGAAUAAAAUACUGAUGUCACAGUACUUCACCCAUAAACAGGUUCCUCCUGCAUCUUCCUAAAUACAGUUCUCCACAGGCACAUGCCACUGUAACACCUAGUAAAAAUAAUACUAUAAUAUGCUCCAUAUUCAGGCCAUGUUCACAUUUCUCCUGUGACUUUGGAUAAUUGCGUCAUGUUCUCAUGUCUCAGUAUCUGAGUCUUUUCCUCUGGGGUCGUCCCCUCCUCAUUCAUUUUCUCCCCACAGCUCUUUGAGAACUCACUUUUCAUUUGGUAAUUGACUGAGAGACAGGACUCCUGGGCUUAAAAAUAUGUGCCCAUCUUAUGGGAGAGCAGUGGGAAACAUUUCAUCUUACACUUGAUGUUUGUCUAGAAAUCAUUAGAGAGAUGGGCUAGGGCUUGAGGAUUGAAGACAGCUUCUGUCUCCAUGUCUGUGAUGAUGGACACUAUCAGUAGUUCUCAAAGACUGCUCAGACUCUUUAUGAAAUGGUGUGGGGUAGAGAGGGAGCUGGCCAAGUAAAAACACAUAUUAAUGCAAAGCUUAAAAAUUCCGUUUUGGGUUCUGCCGACGACCAUCAGGGCUCUCACAAACUGGGAAGAACUCGGAGGAAGCAAGCCAAAGCCAGCGCGUCCCAUCAACAAUUUUGUUUUUAUUGUUGUGGUUUGGCAUCCCGAGAUACAGACCCUCAACUCUGAGGUCUCCCAAACUGGUUUUAUUGCUGCUGUGGGAACGCUGUUCUGGAUGGAAAUUGCCCCCACGGGAGAGAGACGAAGCACAUUUGCCUGGCACCCGGAGCCCUCGCUGCAGAACUCCCGUGGCUUCGGAUGCCAUGACUAUCACACCCUUAACUUUAUUUAUCUUUUCUCUUUCUUUCUUUCUUUCUUUCUUUCUUUCUUUCUUUCUUUCUUUCUUUCUUUCUUUCUUUCUUUCUUUCUUUCUUUUUUGAAGUGAUCUCAUGAAGCAGAGAAAGUAAUUGCCCUGUUGGUAAUUCGGAAAUAAUAUCUGGCAAAAUUUAUGGAGCAUUUGUGCUGCAGGUGAAUGCCUAUGAAGAGGAAAUCAGGUUCGAUGGCCAGAAAUGAAAAGCUGCUCCAUUUUCUUAAUUGCUCACGUCUUCCAAAUGAUCUAUCUCUGUUGGGAAGGGCAUUACUAGAAUUUAUAAUGUUGCAUGAAAACAGAAAGCUCCCUUAAAAAAAAAAAAGCCCGUUUGUAAGAAAACAAAAAACAACAAAAAACAAAAGCCCACGCUGUCCUGACCUUGGGAGAGCUAAACACAUUUCCACCCAGAGAAUCAAGUAAUACUUAAACAAUUUUAUUUUCUCUUGGCUCCUACUCUCUCUUUUCUACUCACAACUGGAGUCAGAUGUAGUAUGAAAAAGAAAACUUGUUAAAACAUUUUCAUUUGCUUUGCUAGAUUUUAUUACUCAAAGUUUCUACAUUUCUCAGAAAAACAAAAUCACUGACGCUUAGGAUCAACCCUCGCCGACACGUAGUUUCCCUCGUCUUUUACUGGACAUAACUAACUAGUACGUUUACUGUGUUCCAUCUUCUCCAAAACUAGGCUUCUUACAGCCGGGGCCUGUUUCUCACUGGCUGAUGGAUACCUUGGGUAUUUAAAUGUUGUUUAUCCUCAUGACUGUUCCAAUUGCCCCGCAUCUCAUAGCUGCUAGAAAAGUGCCCAAACUCAGUUACCUUGGCAUCGCCCCUCUGCAAAAACAAAACAAAACAAAACAAAACUUGCAGUUCAUUAUACAAAUUGUUUCACAAAGGAUAGUAAAGUGGUGUAAAUGCAUUUAAAUUGCUUUCUCGAGUUUAGAAAAUUAUUUGUAACACUGCUUGAGUUGUUUUUCUCUUCCAAGGUUGGAACUGAAGGAAGUCCCUGGACUGAUUUGACAGCAGCAAACACCAGUGGGUGAGCAAGCUAGAUUUCCUAGUCAGCCCUCCAUCCUCAAGCGUGAUCUGAUUGCUUUUCCUGUGGCAUUCCUGGGUCCUCCGACACUCGAUGGCAUCUCUACCCUAUAGGGUUAGCGGUAUGCCGUUUUGGAGGUCAUAAAUCUUUCAGUGGGCAUGCUACAUUUUAUUCCUGCCACUCAGGGCAAACCAGUUCCUAUUUAUAUUGCUUUGUAGAGCAGGCUGGCCUCAAACUCAGAGAUCUGCCUGCUUCUGUCUCCCAAAUGCUGGGACUAAAGGUGUACACCACCUUUCCCCGCUUACUUACUUUCACAAAUAGAAAAAUAAAUCAGUGACAACAAGUGUCUGUAACAGUGUAAACAAUCAGUUGGCAAUAAACGUAUAGAAUCAA